AUGGCCGAGAAACGGAGGGGCUCGCCGUGCAGCAUGCUAAGCCUUAAGGCUCACGCCUUUUCGGUGGAGGCACUGAUCGGCGCCGAGAAGCAGCAACAGCUUCAGAAGAAGAGGCGAAAGUUGGGCGCGGAGGAGGCGGCCGGGGCCUUAGAUGACGGUGGCUGCAGCCGCGGCGGCGGCGCCGGCGAAAAGGGCUCCUCCGAGGGAGAUGAUGGCUCUGCGCUCCCGCCGCCGGCUGGGGCGGCUUCCGGGCCCACCCGGAGUUGCGCAGACCUGGAGCGGAGCUGCGGCUCCCGCGGAACCGCGGGCGGCUGUGAGGAUGGCUUCCUGCAGGGCGCUUCCCCGCUGGCAUCCCCAGGAGGCUCCCCGAAGGGGUCCCCGGCGCCCACCCUGGCCCGGCCCGGGACCCCGCUGCCCUCGCCGCAGGCCCCGCGGGUGGAUCUGCAAGGAGCUGAGCUCUGGAAGCGCUUUCACGAGAUCGGCACGGAGAUGAUCAUCACCAAGGCGGGCAGGCGCAUGUUUCCAGCAAUGAGAGUGAAGAUCUCAGGAUUAGAUCCUCACCAGCAGUAUUAUAUUGCUAUGGAUAUUGUGCCAGUGGACAACAAAAGAUACAGGUAUGUUUAUCACAGCUCUAAAUGGAUGGUGGCGGGCAAUGCUGACUCCCCUGUGCCACCCCGCGUGUACAUUCAUCCAGACUCACCUGCCUCAGGGGAGACUUGGAUGAGACAAGUGAUCAGUUUUGACAAGCUGAAGCUCACCAACAACGAGCUGGACGACCAAGGCCACAUUAUACUUCAUUCUAUGCACAAAUACCAACCGCGAGUCCACAUCAUCCGUAAAGACUGUGGGGAUGAUCUUUCUCCUAUCAAGCCUGUUCCAUCUGGAGAGGGAGUGAAGGCAUUUUCCUUUCCAGAAACUGUUUUCACCACUGUCACCGCCUAUCAGAACCAGCAGAUUACUCGCCUGAAAAUAGACAGGAAUCCCUUUGCCAAAGGCUUCCGAGACUCUGGGCGUAACAGAAUGGGUUUGGAAGCUCUUGUGGAGUCAUAUGCAUUCUGGAGACCUUCACUACGGACCCUCACCUUUGAAGAUAUCCCUGGAAUUCCCAAGCAAGGAAAUACAGGUUCCUCUACCUUACUCCAAGGUUCUGGGAAUGGUGUUGCGGCCACCCACCCUCAUCUUUUGUCCGGCUCCCCUUGCUCAUCUCCUGCCUUCCACCUGGGACCCAACACCAGCCAGCUGUGUGGUCUGGCCCCAGCUGACUAUUCCGCCUGCGCCCGCUCUGGCCUCACCCUCAACCGAUACAGCACAUCCUUGGCUGAGACCUACAACAGGCUCACCAACCAGACAGGGGAGACCUUCGCCCCUCCCAGGACUCCCUCCUACGUGGGCGUCAGUAGCAGUGCCUCGGUGAACAUGUCCAUGGGCGGCACGGAUGGGGACACCUUCAGCUGCCCACAGACCAGCUUGUCCAUGCAGAUUUCAGGGAUGUCUCCCCAGCUCCAGUACAUCAUGCCUUCACCCCCCAGCAAUGCCUUUGCUGCUAACCAGACCCACCAGGGUUCCUACAACACAUUCAGAUUACACAGUCCCUGUGCCUUGUAUGGGUAUAACUUCUCCACAUCCCCUAAACUGGCUGCCAGUCCUGAGAAAAUUGUUUCUUCCCAAGGAAGUUUCUUGGGGUCCUCACCGAGUGGAACCAUGACGGAUCGGCAGAUGUUGCCCCCCGUGGAAGGCGUGCACCUGCUUAGCAGUGGGGGUCAGCAGAGUUUCUUUGACUCUAGGACCCUAGGAAGCUUAACUCUCUCAUCAUCUCAAGUAUCUGCACAUAUGGUCUGA